UCUCAUGACUGCAGGGAACUUCGAACUCGUGCAAAACUCCUGUAUUGGUCAAAAUCAGCUGAUUCAACAAUGAAAUGCAAUUGCGUUGGCCCAGCACUUCGAAAAGUCUUUGUCGAUAUAUCGGUAAGGUGGACAGAAGCGUAGUUUUUAGCCCGCAACUCAAUAUUCCUUUUAAACGGAGACUUUCAAUUUACAGCUACAACGUUAGCAGAGACAGGAUAUUGCAAGGAUGGCCCUGCGUUAUUGUGACAAAGUUGCCAUCGUUACUGGUGGCUCCAGAGGAAUUGGGAGAGGCAUUGUGAAAGUUUUUGUUGAACAAGGGGCAAAGGUUGUUUUCUGUUCAAAAGAGGCGGAUGGAGGAAAGGAGUUGGAGUCCGAGUUGAACAAGAAGGGGCCCGGGACAUGCCUCUUCAUCCUCUGUGAUAUGUCCAAGGAGGAGGACAUCAAGCGGUUGAUUGCUGAAACUGUGAAACACUUUGGACAAAUAGACUGUCUGGUGAACAACGCAGGGUGGCACCCUCCACACAAGCCCACAGAUGAAACCACAGCACAGGAGUUCAGGGACCUCCUUGACUUGAACCUUAUUGGCUAUUUUCUCGCUUCCAAGUAUGCGCUUCCAUACCUGAGACAAAGGCAAGGCAGCAUUAUAAACGUGGCCAGCCUGGUAGCCUCCAUAGGCCAGAAGGAUGCCGUGCCGUAUGUAGCCACAAAGGGGGCAGUAGUAGCUAUGACUAAGGCCAUGGCUGUUGAUGAGAGCCGCUAUCAAGUCCGAGUCAACUGCAUCUCUCCUGGUAAUGUGCUGACUCCGAUGUGGAAGGAGCUUGCUGGCCUGUCAGAGGAUGCUACUCGCACCAUUAAGGAAGGGGAGAAUGCACAGCUGCUAGGUCGCAUGGGCACAGAGGAGGAGAGUGGGCGCGCGGCCCUCUUCUUGGCAGCCGACGCCACCUUCUGCACCGGCAUCGACUUGCUCCUCAGCGGGGGAGCCGAGCUCAACUAUGGCUUCAAGAGUCAGGUGCCCCAGUCGUGAAGACGAACGCCGUCUGACGUCUUCCUCUGGUGACUGGUCACACUGCAUCCCAAUCUACUGCCACAGCUGCUGCAGGUCAUCAUUAAUCUAUUUUCAAUUUUCAAUUGUAUUAAGAAGAGCCCCUUGAGAUGAAUCAUCUCGUUUUCAAGGGGGUCCGUAUUUUAUCUAACUUUGUUUAAUCUAACACGUCUAGUUACAGAGUAUUUGUUUACAUGUAACAAAAGGGAUUAGGCACAUGAUAACGGAUGCAACCUGUAUGGGUGCCUUAGCAGGGCAUUACAGGGCAUAAUUCUACUGUAAUUUUUCUGGAUGUAUGGGGAAAUGUUUACCUGUUAUUUGUACAACAUGUUAUAGCAUUGUCAGCAUAUUACUCUUGUUAAUAUCUAACAAUUGAUAACCUUUUAUAUUGCUUUCAUUGUGUUAUUAAUUAAUUAGUCAUUUUUAUUACAAUUGUAAUAACGCUCUCAGGAUUUUAAUGCAGGCACUUUACUACACUGUAUUACUGAUAAUUCCUUCUGUCCACUAGAGACUUUCGCCUACUUAACCUGCGUACAACAUUACAGCCAUUUGGCUUUCACUUUUGCCUUACUCUGAUCUAUUAUUUUAACAUGCACCCAACACAAAUGCCAUCUUACGUCAUUGUGUAAUGUGCAAAGCAGCCAUCUUGCAAAAGAAUAAAAUGCAUAUUGAGUUUUA